GAGGAGGAGGAGCCCGCGGUCCGGGCGGCGGUGGCGGCGGCGCCCGAGUUCCCCGUAGGGCCCCGCCUCGGAGCGGGCGGCGGUGGAGGAGGAGACUGAGGAGCAGGAUGGCGGCCUCGGCCCUGUACGCCUGCACCAAGUGCACGCAGCGCUAUCCCUUCGAGGAGCUCUCCCAGGGCCAGCAGCUUUGCAAGGAAUGUCGGAUUGCGCAUCCCAUUGUAAAGUGUACUUACUGCAGAUCAGAAUUUCAACAAGAGAGCAAAACUAACACGAUUUGUAAGAAGUGUGCUCAAAAUGUGAAGCAAUUUGGCACCCCUAAGCCUUGUCAAUACUGUAACAUAAUUGCAGCAUUUAUUGGUACCAAGUGUCAGCGUUGCACAAAUUCAGAAAAAAAAUAUGGACCACCUCAGACUUGUGAACAGUGCAAACAACAGUGUGCUUUUGAUCGGAAGGAGGAAGGAAGAAGAAAGGUUGAUGGGAAGUUAUUAUGCUGGCUCUGUACUUUAUCGUACAAGAGAGUUUUACAGAAGACAAAAGAACAAAGGAAGAGCCUGGGAUCCUCACAUUCAAAUUCGUCUUCUUCAUCUCUUACUGAGAAAGACCAGCAUCAUUCAAAACAUCAUCACCACCAUCAUCACCAUCACCAUCGUCACAGCAGUAGCCAUCACAAAAUCAGCAAUCUGAGUCCAGAACAAGAGCAGGGACUGUGGAAACAGAGCCAUAAAUCCUCUGCAGCAAUUCAGAAUGAAACUCCAAAGAAAAAGCCCAAAUUGGAAUCUAAGCCGUCUAAUGGAGAUAGUAGCUCUAUAAAUCAGUCAGCAGAUAGUGGGGGAACAGACAAUUUUGUCCUUAUAAGUCAACUGAAAGAAGAAGUGAUGUCACUUAAACGUCUCUUACAGCAGAGAGACCAGACCAUUUUAGAAAAAGAUAAAAAGUUAACUGAACUUAAGGCAGACUUUCAGUACCAAGAGUCAAACUUGAGAACAAAGAUGAACAGUAUGGAAAAAGCUCACAAAGAAACUGUGGAACAACUCCAGGCUUUUUUCUUACAUAAUUUAUCAGCAAAAAAAUUUACUAGUGACGUGAUUAGGACACUGAAUAUAUACAUGCAGAUUGAAAAUUAGCUGCUAAAGAAUUAAAAGGAAAAACUUCUUUCAAUACCUAAGGCCAAAAACAGAGAACUACUCAAACAGGUUGCAGCAUUGUCAAAGGGUAAAAAGUUUGACAAAAGUGGAAGCAUAUUAACAUCCCCUUGAGAAGUGGUUAUUCAUUAGUGUUUCUGCUGAAAAUGUAAAAUUGGAAAAAAAUUCUGUGAAGCCCUUAAAUUCUGUGUAGUGGAAAAAUAUUUUUGCACACCAAACGAAUUGGCAUGUUUCCUAUUCACUUUUGUAACUGAUAUACAGCAUUUUUUAAGUUGUAUAACAUUCAAAUAAAACUUCAACUGGUUUGAAGCAACUUUUAAAUUAUUUGAUACCCAGGAACUUUUUUGCCAGCAAUAGUGUUAAACAGUUGUAAGGGAGUGCAUGAGUAGUGCUCUUUAUAAAAUACAACAUGCAAUAAUAGAGUAGGUAUGGUUUUCAGAAGUCAGAGCAGCAGGGCUUUUUGUUUUGUUUUUGUUUUACACUAUGCUAAUUUCAUAUAAACAGUUUUCAAUUUAGAAAUACAGAAACUUUUAAACAAGAAAAAUUGUGAACACUGGUUUUUUAGUAAUUGUGUUUUUACUUUUCAUGAACAUGACUUUAGGAGAGAAUCAUGGUGCUUUUAUUAAAUGGACUUCAGAGUAUAUGUAAAUAUGUUUUUUAAAGUUACAUCGUUACCAUUAGUUAGUAAACUAGUAUUUUCAUUAUUGGUAUAGGAAUUAAUGUUUAUUGUACAGUAUCCAAGGUAAAUGUGUUUGUUUUGUAAAAACGACUGUAGAUUUUUACUUACAAGUGCCUUUUUGCCACCUAAUGUUUUUAUUUAUAGGAAUGCUGAUCUUUUGUACAUACAGUUUGUUUUAAAAUCAUGUUUAAUAAAUGUUUGUAUAUAAAUGCAUAUGUACAGAAGCCUAUUUCGAAAGGAAAUCAAAGUUGCUAGUAAAAUGUUUGAGGUUGCAUUAAGAACUGAUAAUGCAUCUAGACUUUAGAUGAUUUUGUGGUUUGUUUCUGUGUGAUAUGGGAAGCUGUUGGUCAUUGAAUUCAUUGAAUUAUGUCAAAAUACUUCCCAAAAGAUUUAAUUUUAAAUCACUUCUGAUAGAAUAAUUUUAUUUUUUAUGUCAUAUGGCUUCAUGUUCAUAUUUUGUGUUACAUGUUUUAUUUUUCUUUUAUUAAAAUUUUUAAAAAUUAAUAAUUUUUCUGCAGUGGUCCAUAUAUCUGCUUUCCCUAUAAUAUGUGGUUAUCUAAGUUAAUAUUUAUGUACACCAUACUUAAUUUGUAAGUUUAAAGCAAAUCUGGAAAAAAAUUAAAUAUCUUUUAAAUCAAUCUGUGGUUAUCUUUAAAUAAAUUGGAAUCUACUGCAAGAUUCAGGCACUAUUUAUAAGAAAAUUAUAUCAGAGUCUUUAAAAUUGUCUAUAAAAGGUAAAGGUAGGGUGGGAUAGGUUAGGAGAAGUUAUUGACUAAUUGUGUUCUAAUCUAGUGGUUUUCAGCCUGUAAUAGAAUUGAUCUCCUACUUAGUAAAUGCCAGUUCAGAGUUUCAGUUCAAUUUUAAAGCGUCAAGCAUUGCUAGAUAUACUGUAUAGAGUAGAAGGCUCCUUCUCUUAGGAAUUUAUGGGCAAAGUAAAUUUGUUUCAAGUAAACUGUUAUUAAAUUUAUCAGUCUUGAAGCAUUGAUUAUGAAUGUCCUAUCAAAGAUCCUCUUUCCGCAGAACACAGGAUGAUUGUAAUAAUUGUUUUUAACAUGAUUCAUGUUUCAGUAGAUUAUUCCUAUAGUGAUUCAUUAUAAACAGAUAUCAAAUAAUACUUUGUCCAAUUUGAAAACAUAUAAUCUAGGGUAAUUUUCAAGUGAUAGUAAAAUACUGAAUCAGUCAGACUUGGAAGAAUUAAACCAGUUUAUUUUUAUGAAAUCUUCAUGCAAUAAUCUUCCUAAACUUAGUAUUCUCAACAAUGAUAGGUAAUUGUCUCCUUAACACAGAUUUUAAUGUUUUCAGGAUUUGCUAAAUUCAUAAUACCGUCAUUACCUUUCUUCAAAAUUUAUAAUGUUUGUAUUCUGGUUUCAUAGCCAUUUGUCAAUCCACAGUGGUCAUUAUGGUUUUAAACUGUGUAAUAGUUCUUAUACCUUGUUGGAGCUGCUACAAAAGAAAGAUGCCCCUUCCCCGUUUUUUAGGUAAGAGAUUAAAAAUUCAAAUGAGUCUAAAUACUUAAGCUUUGUAAAUUCCAAGGCUAAAACCUUUUAGGGGCUUCACAGUAUUUAGUCCUAAUUAAAUGCCCUCUCUUUAUUCCAUGAGCUGGUUUUAUAACUUAAUUAUUUUGCAGUUGUAUAAACUAGUAUUUGAGUCCCAGUCCUGAAUCUGUAGUGUAUUGACAUAAUGACCUGAUAUCCUCUCAAUGUGGACCUGUAAGGAGAUACUAUGGUGUGACGUAUUGUGCUUUCUAGCCUGUUUUCAGCUAUCGAUUAGCAUUUACCAGUGAGGGUCAUUUUGGCUCCAGUUAUUUAUGUAUUAAUAGCCUGUGAAUAUUGCAGUCCUUUUUAGAUUGUAUUGGUCUAAAUAUGCAUUCUGCAGUGAACCUGUUAAGCUGUUCACAUGUAUAGACUAUUGAAAUACUGUACCUGUACACAUCUGACUGUUGACAUUUUGUACUUUUUUUCUAAAUCCAAUAUUUCACAAUAAAAACUUGUCAAAAAGCUUUG